AUGAAAUUCACUACCUUCGUUUUAUCUGCUGCUACUGCCUCUUCUGCUUUGGCUGCAGUCGCUUCAUCUGCUUACAACAACAACACCACCACCACUUUAACUUACACAGCUGCUCACACCACUGUCGUUACCGUCACUUCUUGUGCUGCAACUGUCACUGACUGUCCAGCUAAGCACGGCCCUGUGACUGUUACUACCGUCAUUCCGGUUACUUUGACUACUACUUACUGUCCAGCAUCUACUACCCCAAAAUAUGAGCCAUAUACUCCCGUUGCCCUUGCUGCCGCAUCAACAGUCAAGACAUCUUCUAAAUCUGUAGCUUCCGAGUCGUCAGUCAAGAGCUCUUCUAAAGCAGCUUCCAGUGUCUCAUCUGCUGCUCCAAAGUCUUCAUCUGUCACCACUCCAGUUGCUUCUAAUGCCACUUCUAAGGCUACAUCUGCCAUCUCAUCAGUUGCCCCUAAGACCACUUCUAAGGCAUCAGUUGCUCCUGUUGUUUCCACAGCCCAUAAUGGUGCUGCUAAGGUAGGUUCCGUCGCCGGUGCUGGUUUAGUUGCCUUUGCCGCUUACGUAUUAUAA